CUUCUUCCCAUCUGGAAACCGAUUCCCCUUUUGCCUCUCCUCAAGUCCAAUCCUCUGCCUGCUCUUCCCUCCUCGGAGCCCCCCCCCCCCCCCCCCGGGUUCCUCCUUAACCUCGAAUCCAAUGGCGCCCAAGGCCGACAAGAAGCCGGCGGAGAAGAAGCCUGCCGCCGAGAAGCCGACGGAGGACAAAGAGAAGAAGACGGUGGCGGAGAAGGCCCCUGCCGAGAAGAAGCCCAAGGCCGAGAAGCGCCUCCCGUCGAAGGAGGGGGCCGCCGGCGACAAGAAGAAGAGGAAGAAGGCCAAGAAGAGCAGUGAGACGUACAAGAUCUACAUUUUCAAGGUGUUGAAGCAGGUUCACCCGGACAUCGGGAUCUCCAGCAAGGCCAUGGGCAUCAUGAACUCCUUCAUCAACGACAUCUUUGAGAAGCUCGCUCAGGAGGCUUCCCGCCUAGCCCGCUACAACAAGAAGCCGACCAUCACCUCUCGGGAGAUCCAGACCUCCGUCCGCCUCGUUCUCCCCGGUGAGCUCGCCAAGCACGCCGUCUCUGAGGGCACCAAGGCCGUCACCAAGUUCACCAGUUCUUGAAUGAUCUUGAUUUGGGGUCAGCCGGCUUCGUCUGGAGCCUAUCUGAGAAUCUAGGGUUAUGCUUGGGUGCUUCUCUGCCCCUUCUGUUUUCUUUUUUGUUUAUCCUUUAUUUCUUUUCCUUUGGUAUUUUGUUGGAAGUUGAUUAGUCUGAUGUAAAAUACCGAUCUCUGAUCUGGAAAUCUGAAGUUAGAACUUCUUCGACACCCCUUGUUGAAUUUGUCCGAUGUACUUGUUUGAUUUAUGCGGCUUGAUACCUUUUGAUAUCCAGAUAAAAAUUCUGGCUAAGGGGAGGGAUAUUUAUGUGUACGUAAAAUCAAGAUAUAUUUUCUUAAACAAGAAA